AUGGCACUGUCAGCAUCCUGGACUUCGUUCCUCAAAUCCAUUGCCUCCUUUAAUGGUGAUUUGUCUUCGUUGACUGCGCCUCCGUUCAUUUUAUCUGCCACAUCGUUGGUUGAGUACUCUCAGUACUGGGGAGAACAUCCCGACCUUUUGUUGGAGCCAAACUUCCUCGUUGGAAACGAUAGUAAUGAUGAAAAGACUGCCAUGGCCAUCAAGAGAAUGAUUGCAGUCACCAAAUGGUUCAUUUCCACGUUGCGUUCUCAGUACUGCUCCAGAAAUGAGAGUAUGGGCUCGGAAAAGAAGCCAUUGAAUCCAUUCUUGGGUGAAUUGUUCGUAGGGAAGUGGCAAGACAAGUCCGAAGAGCAGAAAUUGGGUGACAGCAUCCUUUUGAGUGAGCAGGUGAGCCACCAUCCACCGGUCACCGGAUAUGCCAUUAUCAACAAGAAAAACAACACGCUUUGCCAGGGUUACAAUGGUAUCAGAGCUACUAUCAGCACCACCCUGAUCAAUGUGAAGCAGUACGGCCACGCUCUAUUGGAAUAUAAGGACCUUGGCGAAGAGUACUUGGUGACACUUCCACCAUUGCAUAUUGAGGGACUCAUCACUGCUUCUCCUUUUGUCGAAUUGGAGGGCACAUCGUAUAUCCAGAGCUCUACCGGAUACCUUACGGUGAUUGAGUACUCGGGAAGAGGCUACUUCUCAGGAAAGAAGAAUACGUUCAAAGCCAGAAUCUAUGAAGACAAGUUGUCAAGUGCCAACAAGGAAAAUGCCAUCGUGACUAUCAACGGUCAAUGGUCAGGCAAAUCUUACAUCACCAAGGGUUCUGCUAGUGCAAGCAGCAGCUCCGAUGAGUUGUUCUAUGAUGCGAACAGCAAGCAGCCAGAGCACUUAACCGUAAAGCCAAUCGAAGAGCAAAAUCCGUUGGAAUCCAGAAGGGCUUGGAAGAAGGUUGCCGAGGCCAUCAAUGUUGGUGAUUAUGAUUUGAUUCACAAGGAGAAAUCCCUUAUUGAAAAUGACCAGAGAGAGUUGAGAAAGAAGGAAAAAGAGGCGGAGGUAUCCUGGUCACAGAGAUGGUUUGAACAGGUCGACUUAGCUGGUAAGCCCGCUGGAUUUGACCCAUUGAUCAGUUUGGCUAACAUGGCCAACUUGCAAAUUUCAAACGUUCCUUCUGGGUCAGUUAAAGGAUCGAAGUAUGAGAGCGAUGAUGCACUCCACUGGCGGGUCAACUUGGACAAAUGGGAAUCCGAAGAAGAGAUAAAGGCGUAG